AUGCGAGAGCUGCCGAGUCGAUGUCUUCACCUUCUCUGCGCAAAGAACAAGUGGGCACUACUCAGCACGUCAGGGCGUGGUGGUGGUGGCCGUGGUGGCCGUGGUGGCCGUGGUGGGUUGAGCGGAGGAACGGAAUGCGCCGCGACGUUACAUUCGUCCCCCUUCCCGUCCUUCAGGCUCCCAGGAUCACGACACGACUCGACUCGACUCGAAUCCAUCGACCCAGUGCCGAACGAUUCAGGAACAUGCCGAGUACGGCAAAGUCAAGGACAUGGAGCCUUUGGAGUAUUGGGGCCAGAGAUAGCAUUCAACGCGAGCGAAUGA